AUGAGUAUUGCAAAUGAUACAAAUCAAAUUGCUUCUAUUAAGCAAUUUGAUGAUUCUAUCUGGCAACUUUCAGAUUAUAAUGAUUAUAGUUUAAGUGAUGAAUAUUCUACAGAUUAUGAAUCUGAAUUAAAUUUAGAUAAUCCUGAUAUUAUGGAAACAGAAUCAUUAGCAAACGAUAGUUAUUUUACAGAUUAUGAGCUAUUUCAAGAAGCAUUGACUAAUGUUGAUCCCAAAGAUUUUGAAGAUGCUUCAUUUGAUAAUGCAUUUCAUAACUUAGAAUAUAUCCAAACUAUUGAAUAG